AUGCAGAUCUUUGUGAAGACGCUAACCGGCAAGACGAUUGCCCUCGAGGUGGAGGCAAGCGACACCAUCGAAAACGUGAAGGCGAAGAUCCAGGACAAGGAGGGCAUUCCACCGGACCAGCAGCGUCUGAUCUUUGCCGGGAAGCAGCUGGAGGAGGGCCGCACGCUCGCGGACUACAACAUCCAGAAGGAGUCGACGCUCCACCUGGUGCUGCGCCUGCGCGGAGGCAUGCAGAUCUUUGUGAAGACGCUAACCGGCAAGACAAUUGCCCUCGAGGUGGAGGCAAGCGACACCAUCGAAAACGUGAAGGCGAAGAUCCAGGACAAGGAGGGC